ACUACACAAUUAUCAACAUUAUCCGAUGAUCACAGUGAUUGUUUAGUUUCAUUAACACCAUCAUCAUCAUCAUUGGUUAUUGAACGUGAAUGCGCCAAUUGUAUGACACGUAAUACACCAUUAUGGCGUCGUUAUGGUCCAAAUAGUUUUCUUUGCAAUGCAUGUGGUCUCUAUCAGCGUGUCAAUGGUAAUCAUCGUCCAUUGAUGAAAAAUAUUCGGCGUAAUAUAUCGACAACAAUUACAAAACGUACAGGCUUAUGUUGUGCCAAUUGUGGAACAAAGGCAACAUCAAUGUGGAGACGGAAUACAUUUGGUGAAUCUGUUUGCAAUGCUUGUGGCCUGUAUUUUCGUUUGAAUGGAGUUAAUCGACCAAUCGAAAUGCGCAAAGAAGCCGUUCGAACACGAAAACGACGUACAAAACCAAUGUUGAUGUUGCGCGCCAUGUUGGGACCAGAUUUUUUCACAAAAACUUCAUCAUCAUCGAAUAAUUUAGUUAAUAAAAUUGAAUGUCAAUCAUCAUUAGAAAAGUUAUUAAAUUAUAAACCUCAAAUUUUGGCUAAUAACAGAAGAUUCGAAUCUAGUGAAUCGAUAAAAUCGAAAACGAAUGAAAAAAUUAUUGUUAAUGAUGAGAAAAACAUGAUGAUAAUUGAUAAUGAUAAUGUAAAACAAUUUGAUCAUCAAGGAACAAAGUUUGAGAAUGUUAAACGGAAAAAAUUUGCCAAUUCAAAUCAACAGCUUAUUGUGAAUCGUUAUAAAAAAUUCGAGGAAUUAGUUCUUGAAUCGGGAACGAUUUUUUCGGGCAAUUACUUGCCGAACAAUACAAUUGAUUGGCAGUCGAGUUCUUCAGAUCCAUCCAUAAUAAAUUCAUAUAGUGGUCAUUGUACUUCAUCAAUACCCAGAACAGCUAUCAUGGGAUCCAAGCAAGAAUUGUUUAAUCGAGAGAAGAGCUGUCCAAUCAUGAUGGAUCAUGAGUAUCAGAAUCACCCAGAUACAAAUAUUGACAAUGACAAUAUGACAAUUUCGGAAUCAUAUUUCCAAUAUUCUCAUCAUCAUCAUACACAGCAAGACGGGCAUAAUUCAAAUAAUUAUGAAAAUUGUGAAACUUCAAAUAUAGAAUCUUGCAUGAAACCGCCAACAUCUAUAUUGUCACUACCGUCAAGAUUUUCAUGCAUCGAACCUUCACUUGACAUUUCGAUGCUAAAUACGACAAUAUCACAUUCAUCAUCAUCAUCAUCAUCAACAACAACAACAACAACAGCACCGACAUCAUCAACGUCAUUGCCGUCAACUUGACAUUUGUUGUCAUUCUUGAAUUCAGGAAUAGGUGGUAAAUGUUGCGUAUGAUUUAUAUCAAAUCAUUUGCACAAUAUUCGAAUAUGAAUAGAUUAAUAUUCUUGAUUGAUACAUCAUUAAUGCAUAAAUUGUUUAAGAAUAUGGUGAUGAUAUUAUAAUAACAAAUUACAUUCUAUAGUGAAUUAGUGAAAAAGAAAUGUGUGUUGCAAAUGAAAAUGAAUUUAUGAAUUUAUGAAUAAAUACUAGAUAAUCAUUUGUCGAUUCUCAAUAGAAAUUUGGCUUAUUUGAAUCAACAUUAUUUAAACAAAUUAUUACUAUAUGAAUCACGUUAUCCAAAAAUAGUAGCAAUGAGCUCAAGAAUAAUUAUGUAUCAAUUUAUGCCUGAAUGAAUCUAUAGUGUCGGUAUGGAAGGCCAUAUUCAUUAUGUGGUAUAAUAAUUUUGAAGUGAAUAGAGAGAUAGAGAAAAAUUAAUUUUUUAAACAUUCUGACAGAAUAUAUAUCGUGUGAAUCUAAACAAUGUUCAUACAUUUAUGAACCAAAAAAAAAAAAUUUAUUUCACAAUGAAAGAAUUAAAUAAAUAUAUAUAUAUGGAUCCGACCAUCAAAAUCAUAUACAAACAAAAGAGUCUGAUUCAAUGGUUUUCGAUUGUCAUUUACAAAAUGAAAAUAAAAGAUAUGCUCCAGAUCGCAAUCACAAUAUAAUCUAAAAAAAUUCCAUUCCACAUGUAAAUAAUUGAAUUAACUAUUCGUUUGAACUUUUAUUAUUCGUAUUCAAUGUAUCUAAAUUUUAUUUGAAUAAUGUUUCUGUAUGAUUGUAUAUGAUUA